ACAUGACGUAUAUUCAUAAUUUUUGUUAGAACAAUAGUCUUAGCCUAAAUCAAAGGUCAUAAGGAGAGUGACAAAGCAAAUCGGUGGCGAAGUAAUCCAAUGAACAUUGAAUAUAAGGUUUUUAUUUUUUUUAAUAUGACAAAAGUAUUUUUUUUUUUGGAUAUCUGUGUGUAUAAAUAGAAAUAUUGCAAAAUUCUUUCCCUCAAAAAUACGGAACAAAUCGAAAACGCUGACGGAAGUCACGUGGCCAUGAAGUGGUUACCUGGUUAACUCCUCCAACAUAAGACGGCCAUAACAUUUUUCGAGGACGUUUCGCGCUCAUUUUACCAUCUAUUACAAAACAAUUAAGGGGGAAUUUUGUUCUAAAAUAUAUGCCCACUAUCAUAGAUUAACACGGAUUAAAGAAUUUGGCUGAAAAGUUAGUAUUUUUUGCAAUUUAGUUUUCUCGUUCAUGAUCAGUUGGCAGCCAUGUUUGAUCGUCCUACUUUAUUAAGCAACGUCGAAAUUUUCUGCGGUUUAUUUCCUAUUUUACUAUGCCCGAGUAAAGUUAAACGUUUAUUUUGUCGAAAUAACAUGUUAUGCCAAGUUUCAGUUGUUUAAAAAGGUAUUUAGACGAUAUAAGGUUUCUUGGAAGUGUUGCCACGUGAUCGUAGGCCUGUCGACAGACUACUCCUAAAAUUCUCAAAUGUCUGGAUGGUUUCUAAUGCUUUGAAUCUCGGUGUUUUUUUGUUAAUUCCUCCCAAAUAGUUAUUGUUUUAACAUUGUAAAUAUAUACAUUGUAACAACUUCAAAAAAUUUGUUUUGUCUCUCAAGCGCUAAAUUUUUUUUAGCAAAACCAUAUGAUGUGUACUGCCCGCAUUAGUUAUCGUUAAUUACUAAUCAAUGGGCGAUAAUAAGGAGUUGCAUAACAACAAUCUACCAUGUAACUAUAGCAACAAGGUCAAUCAAGGUCAAAUAGGCGGGGCGUAUGACUGCAGUAUUGCUGUACAGUUGCGGCUACUAUAGUUGAUCGAUAUUACCAUUUUAAGUCAAACGUUUAUUUUUAUUUAUAGAAAAUGAAGGAGCUGUGAAACCGUAAAUUUUAUAGAAUAAUCCUUAAACUUGAGUGUAGCUUAUUCUAUAUAUACGUAAAUGAUUAUAUUCAUGCCUGUAGUGAUAUUUAUAAAUUACGUCUACACUGGACAUGAACAAGGAUUAAAGGAAUUGAAAGAAAAGUAGGGGAUUAUCAAACAGAUAUUAUGCAACCUGCUGAUACAGUACCAAAUUCUAAUUGGCCUAAUUCGUUCGAACAAGAAGGUCAAAAUCAUAUUUGGCCUAAUAUGCAGUGGCAGCAAGAUGACGCGCAACAGCAACAGGGCGCUGCGUACAUUCCGCCGAAUCUUUCUAUGCAGCAACCCUUAUUUUAUCCCAAUCUGCAGUGUCAGAUGUAUCUUCGAUCGAUUCAAGCCCAGCAGCAACAGCAAGCAGAAAGUCGGUCUUCAGCUAAUGUCGCAAAUUCCCAACCUUUUUUGCCCCAUUCGGAUCAUCAGCUAAAUAAACUGAAUCCAAAUGCUAGCACUUUUCAUGCGAAAAAUGCUCCUGAAACACAACAACAGGCAAAUGGGGCCAAUGAAUGGCAAGAUGCUGAAAGCGAAGCAUCUAAUCAGUCUGCAAAUCAGUCAGAAGUCCUGCAUCAACCUAAUGGCGAUAUGACCCCAGUGGACGCUCCGACAUCAGCAAUUCAUGCACCAGGAGUUUAUCUACCUGACGAUCAAACCUUAGACAAAGUUCUUAAUAAAGACGAAUUGUUAAAUCGACUUCGUUCGCAGCUGGAAUAUUAUUUUCGCCGGGAAAAUCUUUCAACUGACGCCUAUUUACUGUCACAAAUGGACUCUGACACGUACGUGCCAAUUGUGACAAUAGCAAAAUUUAACCAGGUGCGUAAGCUAACGCAGGAUAUUAGUUUGGUCGUCGAAGCACUGAAAACGUCAUCAGAGCUGCAGCUGGAUGAUAAAUUCGAGAGGGUGAGGGCUGCUCAGAAGCGCUGUGUCGUAAUUCUGAGAGAAAUUCCUCAGUCAACACCUGUUGAUGAGGUAAAAGGCCUCUUUAACUCUCCGGAAUGUCCAAAAUUUGUUAGUUGUGUGCAUGAGCAUAAUGAUGCAUGGUAUGUCAAUUUUGAAACAGAAGAAAAAGCUCAGACUGCCUAUCAAUAUCUGCGGGAAAAUGUUCAGACUUUCUUGGGAAAGCCUUUGAUGGCAAGGAUCAAGGCAAAACCGGCCGUAACACCAAGGUCCUUUUAUCCGUCUUCAAAAGCGAAUUCCCAAAUUUCCCGAUCAGUAAAUUUAACGAGACAGCAAUCUUCUGCUACUCCCAUUUCUGUAUCGGGAUCCGUAGCUUCUACUGCUUCAGUCACCCAGCAACCACCAACGCCUUCUGAAACACCAACUUCGCAGUCUCAACCUCAGCAACAACAACAGCAGCCACAGCAGCAACAACAACAGCAACAACAACAGCAGCAGCAGCAGCAACAACAACAGCAACAGAAUCAAUUAUUACAGCAUCCUUUAACAAUGAUACCUCCACUUUACCCAAGUGCUAAUGCAAUCCCGCAAUUAAUGGCGCUUAGUCAGCAGCAGCAGCAGCAACAAGUCGCUACAUCUUCAUAUAAUCAAACUCAACAAACAGCUGCUCAGCAGCAGUUGUCUAUGUUUCCUACUCAGAAUUUCUUUCCUAUCUUCCAGUAUCAACCAACUACGGACCCGAGUACAGCAUUUAUGGCUCGAGGAUACACAGUUGGUAGUCAGAUAAGUGGAGGAGGUUCUGGAUCUAAUAGUGGAGGGAAUGGCCAACAAGCUGGACAGAAAAACUAUCAGGGAAGAAAUAGUAUAGGUUCAAAUGGAGGACGAGGUUCAAAUAGCGCAAAUGGGACCAGAAGCAGCCCUAGAGCACAAAGUGGCGUUAUGAAUGCGAGAUCAGAAUAUCCGGCACGCCAGCAACGCAACGAAAUAGCGCAAACUCAUUCAAUGCAACCGCAUCCUGUGCAUGGAGUUGUCCACCAGAAAAACGUCGAUGUGAUGCAAGCAAUGCAACAAGUACUAGGCCAUCAAAUACAUCCGAAUACUCAGAUGCCACCUCGUUAUUCUCGACAGACAAAUCAACAGUUUUCUCGAAAUCGAGGUCGCCGAAGAGAUGAAGAUGAAAUUAAACAACCCAGAAGAAUGGAUGGCGGUUCCAUUAUAAAAAACUCCAGGGAUUCCAAUUUUCAAUUGGAGUCAAACUCUUUUCCGCCUUUACCCGGUGCUAAUGUGAGAAUUUUUUAGGGUAAAAUUUGGCUCUUUCUUCAUUGUGACUUUUCAUUUCAGAGUAAAUCGAACGAAAACGUUCAAUCGAAUGCCUCAUCAGAGCGAAUGAGCGAUGUCGUGAAGGGUACGACUAAAACACCAACCCCUCGUGAGACAACGCCUGCAUCCGUCAGCAGUGUAGAGCAUAAGACUCCUCCUAAGCAACAACCGACAGCAAAUGUAACCGAAACGACUGUCGCUGAUGUGGAAGCGAUAACAAAUGGCCUUAACUCCGUACAAGUAAAAAAAGAAACAACCUCUAAAAAUUCAAGCGCGAGAUCGUCUUUAUCACCUCAGUAAGUGAUUUUAUCUUUGUUAGGUAUGCAGGAAACAAGAAAGCAAAUACUUCAAUUGAGAACUUUUAAGGGGAUAUUGCAAUCCACUCUUCUUGAAGUACAUGAGUUAAUUAAUAAGGCAAUUUUGUAAAUGAUGACAAACUCGCUCUUGACAAAUGUGAGAGUUAUGUGUGAUUUAAUGAGUCUGAUAAAUUUAUAAAGCUAUUUCCAAGUCAUCGAAAGUUAAUCUUUGAACUCUUUUAGAUAUAUAUUUCUUAUUAACAGGGCUUCAGCCGCUUCGGAAAACAACAACAAGCCUUCUCAACAAAGUUCCAGUCCUGCUACUUCUUUAGCGUCAGUUGUUGCUGGGAAAAUAUGGAAAACUCCAGCAAACAAUAUGAGCUAUGCGCAAAAGGUAGCUCAGGCUUCGCAGCGUGAUGGUGUUGUCACUUCUCCUGAACCAGAAUCGAUACCGCCUGCAAACGGCAAUAAUAAUAAUAAUAAUAAUAAUAAUAAUAACAGUAACAGUAGUAGCAAUACCCAAGCUGCCACUGAAGCCACGCCUCAAUCUCCAAGUCGAGCUCCAAGCGAUAGUAACACUCAGCAAAGUAACUCGUAUAGAGGAGGAUUUAGGCAACGUGGUUCUAGACCUGGAUUCAGGCCUAGAAAUGAAAGAAGAGCACACUAUCGACCCGUUAACACAAACGGAGCGUCAAAAUAGGAAAGUUUAAAAAAAUUGUCUAGUCUGGUGCUGAUGGACACUUGAUUUUAUUGCUAAAAGUGCCGGCACUUUAUCACUGCAGUCCUUUUUUUAAAAAAAAAUGGAAGGUGAUGCGGUGUUUACUCUAAUUUGGUUUUCUGGUGCUGCCUACAGAUUAUUACUCUUUAUACCACGAACAUAAAACCGCUAGACGCUCAAAGACGCGGCAUCUUCGCCUUCUUUUCUCGAUCCUCGUGUUAGUAUAUUUGUAUAUGUAUAUAUAUAUAUAUUUAUAUAUAUAUUUAUAUAUAUAUAUAUAUGAAGUAUUUAAUGUUUAUAUAUGUAAAUGUAUACAUGC